AUGGCCUGCCUGCUGCGGGAGACGAGGGCCGAGAGGGUCGUCUUCAGUGUCGACUACCCCUUCUCGGGCAACCGGGAGGGCAGGGACUUCAUGCACGAGCUGAGGGGGAGCGGGCUCGUCAGCGAGGCCGAGUGGGAGGGGAUCGCCUGGAGGGACGCAAAGGGGCUGCUGAAGUUGAACGUCGAGCCGGCGUUAUAG